AUGGGAAACACUCAAGUAGAGGUGCAGCUACAGUUCAACAAUUCCGUAUCGACUGAUGAAAUUCCAGAAGCUGAUGUGGUGGUAGACACAUUGAACCAGAAACAACUACCCGUGUAUCCACAACUCAAAGGCCAACAACCAUCCUGGUACCACCAACGAAUGGACCAACUAACAGUACACCAACGACCACUCAUGGACCAACAACUGCAGUCACUUCAGUUCCAUCGCCAGUUGUGUCUAUUGAAGCAACUAUUGAGGAACCUUUUGUUCAAGAAUUUAAUGAUCCCAACAUGUGACUUCAUUUUCUUUGAAACGUUUGGAGGUAUUUUCAUCGGAACCAUUGUUAUUGGAUUCAGGCCACAAAUGGGAAACACUCAAGUAGAGGUGGAGCUACAGUUCAACAAUUCCGUAUCGACUGAUCAAAUUCCAGAAGCUGAUGUGGUGGUAGACACAUUGGUACAGGCUGUAAAUAGUCCCAACAACACUUUCAACCUUACUUUGGAUUCAGACUCAAUAGCAGUCAUUCAGCCAGAAACAACUACCCGUGUAUCCACAACUCAAGGGCCAACAACCAUCCUGGUACCACCAACGAAUGGACAAACAACUGCAGUCACUUCAGUUCCAUCGCCAGUUGUGUCUAUUGAAGCAACUAUUGAGGAACCUUUUGUUCAAGAAUUUAAUGAUCCCAACAGUGAACAAUACCAAAGUCUUCAAACACAAGUGAUAUCAAUGUGUGACUUCAUUUUCUUUGAAACGUUUGGAGGUAUUUUCAUCGGAACCAUUGUUAUUGGAUUCAGGCCACAAAUGGGAAACACUCAAGUAGAGGUUGAGCUACAGUUCAACAAUUCCGUAUCGACUGAUCAAAUUCCAGAAGCUGAUGUGGUGGUAGACACAUUGAACCAGAAACAACUACCGGUGUAUCCACAACUCAAGGGCCAACAACCAUCCUGGUACCACCAACGAAUGGACUAA